AUGGGCAGCAUGAAGUGGGUCCUGCAGGAGGGCAUACAGUCCAAGCCGGACUGGUACCAGGGGGUCACGGAGACCUCGCGCUUCGAGCAGGUGCAGAAGCGCCUUCAUGGCGACAAGGACUUGGACUCCGACUGUGACAUGCCCUGCACCCCGAAGGUGUGGCAGACACCAUCGUUGUUUUGCUGGUCCCUGUACCGCUCGGACGGGUACGAGGUGGACCUGGUAAAGACGCACGUCGAUAAGAUGGUCGGCAUCUUCGCGUGCGACGAGUUCUUGCCGCUGUGCGACGAGGUUCUCGACCUAGGCAACGGCAUCACGACCACCAGCAUCGGGAAGACCGCGCCCAGCGGCGUCUCGAAGGACGGAACUGCCGCGAACACAUUGGUGUUCAUGACCGCCUGGGCCGCAGUCCACGACGACUUUCGCUACCACGCCCACGACUGGAUCCUUAAGGUGGAUCCAGACGCGGUGUUGCUCCCACACAGGAUGCGACCUCUGCUGGCACAGUAUCCCAGCACUGUCUACAUCAAGAACUGCAACAUGUACGACGGCCCAGGCUGGCCGAUGAUGUUCGGGUCGCUGGAGGCGAUCAGCCGCCCCGCGCUGCAGCUGUACUACGACAAUGCGGACCGGUGCCGCGAAGAGCUGGAGUGGGAGGCCUGGGGCGAAGACCUGUGGCUCGGGAACUGCCUCGACAUGCUGGGCGCCGAGUCUGUGGGCAAUUUCGACAUCAUUGGAGACGGCGUGUGCACUGGCGCCAACUGCGGUGAUGGCUUGAAGGCCACAUAUCAUCCGUUCAAGAGCUCGGAGGACUGGUUCAAUUGCACGGUGGCGGAUAACACCGCCAUGCCGCCGCCUGCGCCACCCGCAGACGACGGUGGCGGGGACGGGGGCGCAGACGAUGGUGGAGACGACCCCGGCACGGGGACGGCGACGCCGGUGGAGACGACGCCGGCAGCGGGGACGGCGACGGCGGGAACGAUGGCGGCGAGGGCGCCUCCUGAGACGCCGGCGCAGCGCUGGCGUGCGCGGGCCGGGCACUGCCGGUGCCACGCCUCGCUGCACCUGAGCAGGAGGAGGCCCCCCGCGGUGUCUCGAUUUUCCUCGCCGUGCCGUUUGGGGACGGCGCAUGCAGAUCAAUAUUUCGUAAGCCUGUUGCCCGCUGGCGCCCUGGGCUAG